AUGUCGAAAAUCGCAUCUACCUUUUCGCGCCUGGUGCGCUUCGUCCCCAAGUCCAACCCCUCCAAGGUUCUGAUUGGAGAGCCCGUCGACCCUAAGUUGGAUGUCGGAUUGGCACUUUACCAAGGCCAGGAGGUUGCUGUGCAUCCCUUCUCUGGAACUUCGGUUCUGAGCCCUGGCCAGAUCACUGACGCGACCGAGACAAUCUCGCGCGUUCUCUCUCCCUUGGCGCAAUCCGAGAUUGGAACUAUUCGUUGUAUUGGAUUGAACUAUGCCUCCCACGCAAAGGAGAUGUCCCUGCCAAUUCCCGAUGUGCCAACUCUUUUCAUGAAGCCAUCUAGCUCUCUGGCAGACCCAUGGCCUGCGCCAACUGUUCUGCCUAAGAUUACCCAGCAGGAUAAUACCGGCGACUAUGAGUCUGAAUUGGUCAUUGUCAUUGGCCGUGAUGCUAAAGAUGUGUCUGAGGAAGAGGCCCUCGAUUACGUACUUGGAUACACUGCUGCCAACGACGUGUCAAGUCGCACUUCCCAGAUGAAUCAGAGCCAGUGGUCCUUCUCAAAGGGCUUUGAUGGCGCAUGCCCAAUUGGCCCUGUUCUUGCCUCAGCUGCUCUCAUCCCCGACGUUACCAAGCUGCAAAUCCGCGGCCUCAAGAGUGGCCGUGUGAUGCAGGACUGCCCUCUCACUGACCUGAUCUUCAGCGUUCCCCAGCUAGUCAGCUUCCUUUCCCAAGGCACUACCCUGCCUGCUGGUACCAUCAUCCUGACCGGUACACCUCCUGGUGUUGGCGCAGCCAAGAAUCCUAAGGAGUUCAUCAAAGCCGGAGAUGAGUUUGCUGUUGAGCUGCUUCCCCACAUUGGUACUCUCAUCAACAAGAUCGAGCACCAGUAG